AUGAGAUUCGUGACUGUCGCUGCGGCGACACUACCAAGUGUUCCGCUUGACUUUGUGGGCAAUAGAGAUCGUAUUCUAGAGUCUAUCAAGCUUGCCAAAGAGAAAGGUGCAACUCUGCGUACGGGCCCGGAAUUGGAGAUUCCAGGAUAUGGAUGUCUCGACCAUCAUCUUGAAGGCGAUACCGAACUGCACAGCUGGGAGGUCUUGGCUGAGAUUAUCUCAGACCCUGUUUGCAAGGACAUGCUUGUUGACCUAGGGCUGGGUGUCAAGACCCGCAACGUGCAGUACAACUGUCGAGUGCUUUGUACAUACAAGAAGAUAUACGCAAUUCGGGCAAAGCAAGCACUUGCCGGAGAUGGCCUCUACCGUGAGCCCCGUCACUUCACUGCAUGGGUUAAAGAGCGGCAGGUUGAGACACACAAGCUCCACAAAGUUGUACGGGAUGUCACCGGGCAAACCACUGUUCCCAUUGGUGACUUCAUCCUCGACACUCCGGAUACUUCUGUGACCUGCGAGACUUGCGAGGAGCUAUUUGUUCCUAGGAAUCCAUCGAUUUUCAGUGGCCUCAACGGCGCUGAAAUCAUUCUUAACUCCAGUGCCUCGCACGCCGAGCUUCGUAAGCUUGGUACGCGUCUGAACCUCAUAUCGAACUCAACACGUAGCAAUGGCGGACUAUAUGUAUAUGCGAAUGCUUCUGGAAUCGAUGGCGAGGCGAGAAUGCUCUUCGAUGGAAGCAGCAUGAUCAUCCAGAACGGCGAGGUUUUGGCUCAGUCAUCACAGUUCUCGCUGCUCCCUGUAGAAGUCACUGUCGCCACUGUCGACCUUGAACGAGUCCGGAGCUAUAGGACUAGUGCCAGCCGAAACGUGCAAGCCGCCCGUCAACCCGAGUAUCCUCGAAUCGACUGUGACAUUGAGCUGGCCCGGCCAAGUGAGGAAAUCUUCAGAUCGAACAAGGUGAUCGCUUCGGAAAUUCCUAUUCGCAUCCUGGAUCCUAUGGAAGAAAUUCACAUGGCCACCUCGGUGUAUCUGUGGCAGUAUUUAGUUCGCAGCUCGGGUGCUGGCUUUUUCCUGGCGUUAUCUGGAGGACUUGACAGCUCGUCUGUUGCUCUGUUUGUCUAUGGCAUGGCCAAACUGGUCUUGCUCUCGAUCAAGAACGGCGAAGAGAACACACUUAACGAUUUGCGCAAAGUCACGGGCAUCAAAGACUAUGUACCCGAGUCAGCAGAGGAGAUUGUCGGCAAGCUGCUCCACACGUGCUUUAUGGGCACAGUCAACAGCUCAGACGAAACUCGAUCGAGGGCAAAGAGACUGGCGGAACGCCUUGGCGCUUACCACACCGACAUUAACAUCGAUAACGCUGUUCAGGCCCACGAAUCCAUCAUCGCAAGCGCGCUCGGUGGCUUCAAGCCCAAGUAUGCGAUCGAAGGGGGCACCAACAGUGAAAACCUGGCCAAGCAGAACAUUCAGGCCAGAAAUCGACUCGUGGUAUCUUAUGAGCUUGCGCAGCUGUCCACACAGGCUCGCGGCCUUCCGCGAGCUGGUGCUUCAUUGCUUGUCCUAGGAUCGGGCAACGUCGACGAGAACCUUCGUGGAUACUAUACCAAGUACGAUGCCAGCUCCGCUGACCUUGCGCCGCUGGGGUCGAUAUCCAAAAACGAUGCCAAGGACUUCCAGCGCUGGGCACGCGACAAGUGGGAUCUGAGCAUCAUGACCGAGUUCAUCGAUGCGAUCCCAUCGGCUGAGUUGCUUCCCCUCUCGGCCGGAGUUCAAGCCGAUGAGGUGGAAAUGGGUUUGACCUAUUCGGAACUGUCGGACUUUGGGAUUCUCCGCAAGGUUGACAAGCUAGGCCCGUGGUCGGCGUACCUGCGCCUCCUCAGCCAAUGGAAGGAACGUCCUGGCUUCGGUCCUCGCGAGAUUGCAGAGAAGGUGUUUCUUUUCUUUAGGUUCUACGCAAUCAACCGACACAAGGCUACCAUCAUUACCCCCAGCGUCCACUUGUCCGCGUAUAACCCCGACGACAACAGACACGAUUUGCGCCCGUUCCUCUACGUCGUUAACUGGCCAUGGCAGUUUAACAAGAUUAGGAAACAUGUCGAGGAAAUGGAGAAGGCCAUGUCCAAAGCACACUUCAUUUUGUGGCUCUGGAGUAGCCUGUUGGUAAAAGCCGUCUCCUCGUCUAGCGCAAAUUUUACCAAGUGCUACGGUGAGGCCUUCAGAGAAUACAUGACCAUGAACAAAACAGAUCCCAUGUGGCACACAUGGUUCUGGCAAGAUGACUUGUAUGGCCUCAAGAACAAGUCAGCCAAGCCACAAAUCGUUCUCACCCGCGCAGGCUGUGAGGAGUUCUGCGGCCCAGACCCCCAAUACAACACCGUGAUCGACGCCUUCCAGAUCAUGACGACGUGGGUGCUUCCAGCCAUCGCUCUGAUGAGCCAGCUCCCGUACGAGUCGUUGUCGAUCCGCUGGAGAAAGAACCUGGCUGCUUUUGGGAACUGGGUCGGCGCUCCAGCCGCCGCCAUGACGACCACGUUUUGGAACAUCGUGCUGAUCCACAAGUGCGCCGUCAAGCCUGGCCUCUUCAAGCUCCCCGGGAGGAGAGACGAGAUACGUGAGGCCCUGUACAUCCUCAGCUGCAUUAACCAGUACGAGUACCCACGGCACAAGCACCCGCGACCUGAACAAGCCGACUCCGACCUGCGGCGUGACUCGGCCCUCCUCAAGGGCAUUCUAUACCCCUAUUUCAGGCCCGGGUUGAUCUCGGAAAAACAACGCAGCACACUCGCCAACCUGAACCAGCACCUCGCAUUCCAACUGCGUCUCCAGAGGCGCAAGGGGGUUUAUCCCAUCUUCAUCAGCAUCGGCUGGUUCGGCAUGGCGUUUGCCUUUUCGAUAGUAAUCUCUUUCGCCGACAUCGGCGACAACACGACGGCCCACUCGCUCGCCCUCGGCCUGCUCCUAUCUUGGGUGCCCGUCAUGCUCUUCGCGACCGUCAUCGACCGCAACCCGACCUCGGCCACCCGGUGCAGCGAACUGAUCCAGAGGUGGCUGUUCAACAUCGACAGGCUGCUGCCGACGACGGUGCUGCCGAGCCUGCCGCUGGCAUUGUGGCGUGCGCAGCGCGGCGAUCAGGAGGCCGCCGACGAGACGGGGGAGUUUGACAUUGGCGAGUACAUGGGGCAGGGGCGCACCCUGCGCUACUGCGGCAUCGCCGACACGGUCCUCGACAUGAUUGUGAAUCCCAAGGAUGCGACGCUAGAUGUCCCCGACCUGUCGGUUGACGAGGGACAUGAGAAAUUCCGGGUCAGGCUGACGGAGCGGCCGUGGGGGUGGGUAGCGGUGUGGCUUGUCAGCCAGGCCAUAGUGAGCACCAGUUUCAGCAUGGCAUUCAUGGUGUCGUUCAACACGCCGACGCAGGGCCUGGGCUGCCGCUCGCUGCUGUACCUCUCCUGGUGGCUGCUGGUCCUCCCCUCGUGGCUGAUCCUCGGCGUGUUUCAGGAGCCCAACCCCACAGUGCGCAACCUGAUGAUCGUGCCGAACCUGCUCGCCGCCGCCAUCCUCUUCGCCAUAAUGCUGGUGCAGUCGUUUGGCGGGCUCAACAGCUGCGUGUGCAAGACGAGCGUCUUUGGGCGGAAGCCCUUUGGCGGCUACAUGGACUUUAUGAAGGCCGACUUCUACAAGGAACACUACGACGUCGAGGCCUUUUGGGGUUCCGCAACGGGCAUCGGCGGAGCUGCGAUGGUGAUCUCGAUAUCUUGGCUUGCUUGGAAGUGGCACAAAUCCUCAGCUCUGUGGCGGGUGACCGAGGAUACCACCGUGCGAGUCGAAGAUGAUGUUUCUCUCGAGUGGCUGACCUAA